AUGGCUCGCUCACCUGCCGAGUUCGUCUUGCUCCUUAUGGCAGCGGCAAUUUGGAGCUUCUUCCUUGUCGCCGGCGCAGGGCAGCUCCAGCCGAGCUGCAUAGGCCGCGAGAGGGACGCAUUGCUGGCCUUCAAGCAAGGCAUCAGCGACGACCCCAAGGACUACCUUGGGUCGUGGCGACAAGAGCGCCAAGAUUGCUGCCAAUGGGCAGGCAUCACCUGCGACAACGUAACCGGCCAUGUCGUCAAGCUUGACCUUGGCCAAGGAAAUUAUUUGGCCGGCCAGAUAAGUCCUUCCUUGCUCUCUCUAGAGCAUCUCGAGUACCUCAAUCUCUGGGGCACGGGACUGUGUGGGCCUGGUGGUCGUGUUCCAGAGUUCUUGGGUUCCUUAAAGAACUUGAAGUAUCUUGAUCUGUCCGGCAUGUCUUUCUCUGGUAUGGUGCCUCCUCAGUUUGGCAACCUGUCAAAGCUAGAAUACCUCGACCUAUCCCGCAUACAUUUCAACAAUACGCAGAUGGUCUUAACAGACAUCUCAUGGUUAACCCGUCUACCUCUGUUGGCGCAACUUGAUAUGAGUCUUAUCAACCUCAGCUCAAUAGCCGAUUGGCCUCUUGUUGUGAACAAGAUUCCAUCUUUGAAGUUGCUCCGUCUUGUUGAGUGCUCGCUUUCAAGUGCAAACCAAUCCCUCACACACCUAAACCUCACAAAUCUUCAUAACCUUGAUCUCUCCUUUAACCACUUUGGUCAUCCAAUCGCCUCUGGUUGGUUUUGGAACUUAACAAGCAUCAAGGACCUCAGCCUUGAUAGUAACUAUCUGUAUGGUCCAUUUCCUGAUGCACUCGCAAAUAUGACAUCCCUCCAAUGGUUAGAUUUGCAAAACAUGGGUAACAAAGCCACAAUGACAGUGGACUUGAAAAAACUAUGUGAUUUGGAGGAGCUAUGGCUUGAUGGAAGCCUCUCCUCUGGAAACAUAACAGAGUUUCUAGAUAAAUUGCCACAAUGUCCGUCCAACAAAUUGCAGUACUUGUACUUGAGCAGCAACAAUAUGGCUGGAAUUCUUUCCAACAGAAUGGGGCACUUAACCAACCUAUUUUGGUUCGACAUUUCUUACAAUAACAUUACUGGAGCUAUACCGCUAGGCAUUGGGAAUCUCUCUUGUUUACAAAGCCUUGUUCUUUCUAACAAUUUUCUUACUGGUGCUAUACCGCUAGGCAUCGGGAAUCUCUCUUCUUUAGAAGCUGUUUAUCUUUCUAACAAUUUUCUUACUGGUGCUAUACCGCUAGGCAUCGGGAAUCUCUCUUCUUUAGAAGUUCUUUAUCUUUCUAACAACCUUCUUACUGGAGCUAUACCGCUAGAGUUGGAAAAUUGCACUUAUGUCUAUCAACUUGACCUUUCUGACAACAAUAUUGCUGGAGUUAUACCGCCAUGGUUGGGGAAUUGCACUAGUUUGAGGCACCUUUCUCUUUCUAAUAACCUUCUCACUGGACAUGUCCCAUCUAAGAUCACUUUGCUUGGCAAUUUAACUGAACUCGCCCUUAGCAACAACAAUCUAGAUGGUGUGAUCACGGAGGAACACCUAGUUACUCUAAAGAACUUAGAACACCUUGAUCUAUCACACAAUUCUUUCUCAGGUCCUCUGCCAUUAGAGUUUGGAGUGUACAAAUUAGUAGAAUUGACAUUAUCCUCCAAUUACUUCAGUGGGCAUAUUCCUAUAUCUGUUUGUACGUUGAGGAACCUACUUGUCUUGGAUUUAUCAGACAACCUUUUAGUGGGUGAACUUCCUCGAUGUUCUCAAGAGCCUAACCUGGUUUUCCUCCUCUUAAGUCACAACCGUCUUUCUGGCAAGUUACCAUCAUCACUGAAGAACUAUAAGAGUCUAGCUUUCAUGGAUCUUUCAGCAAAUAAUUUCCAUGGAACAUUGCCAUCAUGGAUUGGAGACUUAGUAUAUUUGCGCUUUUUGCAACUAAGUCAAAAUUUCUUUUGUGGGGAUAUUCCGUUGACUAUCACAAAUCUUAAACGCCUUCGUCAGCUCAGUUUAGCAGGAAACAAUAUAUCUGGUGUUAUACCCUGGUCAUUGUCAAAUUUAACAGCAAUGACCCAAAAACAUACAAAGAGACCUGGGGUCGACAUGUUUGUAUGGUACACCGGCUAUGUGGGUAAAUUUGGAGAAGUUUGGCCCAUUGUGAUGAAGCGCCAAGAACUUAAGUAUGGUAAAGGAAUUUUUAAUGUGGUUGGUAUGGAUCUAUCACUCAACUACCUAACAGGUGAAAUUCCUGAUGGGAUAACCUCUCUUAAUGGAUUGUUGAAUCUAAACUUCUCAUGGAACCAAUUAAGUGAAAAAAUUCCUGGGAAGAUUGGAGCCAUGAAAUCACUUGAAUCAUUGGACCUGUCAAGGAACAGCCUUUCUGGUGAAAUCCCAACAAGCUUGGCAGACUUGACUUAUUUAAGCUCCUUGGACUUGUCAUAUAACAAUCUUACAGGAAGAAUUCCAGUGGGGCGCCAACUUGACACCCUCUACUUGGAGAACCAGUCCAUAUACAUGGGCAACAUUGGUCUGUGUGGCCCUCCUCUUGAAAGGAAUUGCUCGGGAAACAAUGCACCGGAGCAUGACAAUCAACAGAAAAUUGAGAAGGUUUCUGAACCUGUGUUGUUCUUUUACUUUGGACUUGGAUCUGGGUUGGUGGCUGGCCUUUGGGUUGUGUUUUGCACCCUACUGUUCAAGAAAGUUUGGAGGGUUGCAUAUUUCCGCCUCUUUGACAAGUCGUAUGACAAGGCAUAUGUGUUUGUGGUUGUUACUUGGGGCAGGAUAAACCGAGAGCGGAUAGAAACUUAA